AUGGUGGAGCCACACGCUCGAGUCCGACCCUCCCUCGGCGGCCCUGUCCGGAGGGUUGCGCGCAUCAUACGCCGCAACCUGCCCCCGCUGAACUUCAUCACCCUGCACUAUGCGUAUUUCUUCAUCACAUGUCUCGUGUCUGCCGUCAUCUUCUGGGGCGCUUCCACGCCUGCCAGGAGCGUCAGUUUCACCGACUCCCUGUUCCUCUGCGUGAGCGCCAUGACGCUGGCAGGCCUCAACACCGUCAACCUCUCUGAUUUGAACACCUUUCAGCAGGUCAUGCUCUUCUUGCUUAUCAUGGCCGGCUCCGCCAUUUUCGUCUCUGCAUUUGUGGUGCACGUUCGAAAGAAGGCAUUUGAAGCCAAGAUCCAUAAAGUCGCUGCGGAACAAAAGCGACCGAGAAGCAGGUUCUCUCUGAGCAGGCCUCUUUCGGGGCGUUCCUCGCAAGGCCGUUCGCGUUCUGCGGCAGUUGAUCAAAAGCAGCUGAAUGCGACGGUUAGCAGGGCGACAGAGAAUGCCGUCGAACAGGAAGGAGAGCAGCCGGAUUCGGAAUAUUCAAUCUGUGCAUCGCGAUCCCAGGCUGUCGACGACGAUGAAGAUUAUGAGAAGACCUUGAAGGAGCACCCUUCAGAAACGUUUCCUCCUGCGGGCUUUUCAGGACUCGUCGGACGCAAUUCCCAGUUCCAUCAUUUGACCGAGGAAGAACGCGAGGCUCUUGGUGGUGCUGAAUACAAAGCCAUCAAAGUCCUGUCAGUGAUUGUGCCGCUGUACUACGUUCUUUGGCAACUGCUGUCUUGCAUUGGCAUCGGCGCAUAUGUUGCUAUGAACAGGCCUGAUACAGCCCUGCAAAAUGGACUUAAUCCCUGGUGGGUCGGUGCUUUCAACGCCGUUUCUGCAUUUAACAAUUCGGGAAUGAGUCUGCUGGACGCCAAUAUGACGGCAUUUCAAACUGCUUACUACAUGCUCCUCACCAUGGGGGUGCUUAUCCUUGCUGGUAAUACUUGUUAUCCAAUCUUCCUUCGGCUUAUUGUCUGGUCGAUUCGGAAGCUUUUACCCGCAACCGAGCGCUGGGAUGACCUUCGGCAUACGCUCAAAUUUCUGCUUGAUCACCCGAGGCGAUGCUACACUAACCUUUUCCCGUCCCAGCACACUUGGUGGCUUUUGCUGUCUGUCAUUACGCUCAACGUGAUUGACUGGGCCGCGUUCGAGGUACUCAACAUUGGGAACAAAGCAAUCAACGACCUACCAACAGCAGCAGAGAUUAUUGAUGGCUUGUUUCAAGCUCUAGCCGUACGGUCCGGUGGCUUCUACGUGGUGCCCAUCACCUCGGUUCGCAUCAGUCUGCAAGUGUUGUAUGUUAUCAUGAUGUACAUCUCGGUCUAUCCGGUUGUCAUUACGAUGCGCAACUCGAAUGUCUACGAGGAGCGGAGUUUGGGUAUUUAUGCCGACGACCCGCAUCUCGAUGCGCUGAACGAGAGCAGCAAUGAGAAGCAAUCAUUCUUUGGAUUUGCCAAGCAGCGAAUCCUCGGCUCCCACGGGGAUGAAGGAACCAAGGCCUACUUCCUGCGUCAGCAGUUGCAAGCGCAGCUGGCGCACGACCUGUGGUGGCUCGUCCUGGCGGUCUUCGUCAUCAUGAUCAUCGAGGGUGGCCAGUUUGAGCGCGACCCGGCCAACUUCUCGGUGUUCAACGUCAUCUUUGAGACGGUUAGUGGAUAUGGUUGCGUGGGCGUCUCGACGGGCGUGACGUACGACUCGUUCAGCUUCUCCGGCAGCUGGCACACGCUUAGCAAGCUCGUGCUGUGCGCAGUGAUGCUCAGAGGCAGGCACAGAGGUCUUCCGGUUGCGAUUGACAAGGCGGUGCUGCUGCCGAGCGAGGCGCAGUACCAAGCGGAAGAGGAAGACGCGCAGCUCCGCAUGGAGAGGACUACUAGCAGACGCGACAUUGUUUGA